CUGACAGUGGAUGUUGAUAAUGUAGCGCCCACAACUGCAUUUGCCUCAGUUAAACUUGAAGAUAACAACACCUUAGAUUUAUUUCCCUCACAUCCAAGUACUUGGCAACAGCAUCCCAUGAACAGCCACGAAUUGGCUCACCAUCGUUUAUCCGUACUCCACAACCACCACCAUCAUCAUAACCAAAACCAUCAUAGUCAACGGUUUGAUCACAGCAAUAAUAGUAAACUGUUGCUCCAGGGCUCCGAGGAUCCUCUAAUUAGCCACGGAGCUAAUAGUGUCAUUAGUCAUGACGAUGAACAUCCAGCUGAUUUCGCCAAAUGUCUAUUAGCAUCAGAUGAACUGCCACGUACAUCUAGCAGCUCGAUAGCAGCACAGGAACGUCCAAUAUUUACAACAACAAUACGAAAAUCUGUUAGUGGACCACCUCCUCCAUCAAUACUGCCGUCUUCCGAACCAAAUACAAGACCGAUAAAAAGCGGAUGCAGUAACCUCACCAAACAACAACUCAAAGUUAAAGCCAAUCUAAUGAGUGCCCGAAACCAACAGCAGCAACAAUUGCAACAACAACAACAAAGAGAGAAUAAUGCUUCCUGCACCGCAUUGACCACCCAAUGUACAAAUCAAAAACAGCGCAGCUCAGGUUCUGUUAAGACGAGGAAGAAGCCGAACAAUUCCAUCAAACUUCGGUUUCACCAUCAGGCACUACCGCCCGAAUAUCUUAGCCAUUACGAAGCAACACAAGGCCAGGCGAGACCAACGAAGCCGGCAAAAUCAAACACAACCCAACAACGUCCGACUUCCAAACCCCACCACAGGAAUUCCCAUGAAAAUGUACGAAGUUGGUUGCAGAAAAUUGCCGAAAUGCAAAGAACGGCAAAUGCUUCAAAGGCUGCGGAGCGCUCCACCAAUCCACCAAACAAGCAGGCACAACAGUCUCCUCUAGAUUCCAAUAACAAUCCCCAGAAUCAGAAUAGAAACACCACUGUCGUCGUGCACAGCAAUGUCGAGGUCAAUACCACAAAAACUGCCACAAAAUCUUCUAAUCAUAGGAAAGCACAUUUGUAUUCCGACCUACCCUAUAUGGGUGAAAUCACAUUGGAUAACAGCAAGCCUCGCAGGGGACGCAAACCCAAAAAGGCAGAUAUAUGUCAUUUAAUAUAUAAAAAUUAUGGAACCAUUAUGCCCAAGAAACAGACUCCAUGCGAUGAUUCUCAAGUCGAUCUCAAGUACCGUUUAGGGGAUAACCCCACAAAGACUGAAGACUGCGAAGAACAGCCCUUGAAUCUCUGUUUACGGGAUCAGCAAGCUGAUACCUAUUCAAUUUCCAGUGCAGACGAUGAUUCGGAGACCAACUCAAGUUGCCCAACACCGCCCAUAACAACGCCCUCCGACAUUGAUCGCGAUUCCAUGCUGGCGAAUAACCUGAAAAGAUCGUUAACAAAUCUCAAUGAACUGGGCAAUGAUAACAUAAAAUUGGAGGCUAAAGACAUUCCUCCGGCAUCACCUAUCGCUUCGAAACCCGUAACAAAAACUGAAGAAUCUCCGUUGGACCCAUUGACGCUAUACUACCAAAAACUCCUGGAGAGUGGGGUUUUAUUGCAAAAUGCCAACGGUCCCAUAAAAACAAUUCAGAAAGACAAUCAGCUAGCCUUAAAAAUUCCCAUACCCAGUGGCCUCUUUUUGACUCCUAAGGUGGAAAAGACAACGGGUCCGGCGUCGAGUCCCGCACCAUCGAUGGCCAACAGUUUGAACUUGGAAUAUCCAGAACAGAUGUCUACACCGUCAUCCAUAAAGUCGGAGAACUCCACGGCCACAAAUGCAAGCUCAAGUACUGUAACAGGCAGCAACACACAGCAGCACGCACCUCAAAAACGCAAACGCUCCGCCAUUUUCAUACCGCCAAUGAAUACAGAGAACACCUCUAAUCCAGCAACAGAAGUGAGCAUCUGCAAAUUUAAGUUUACGGGCGGCUCUAAGCCGACAUUGCAAGAAAAGAAAAUGCUUUCGGUAGAUGCCGGAGGUAAUUAUCGGUACUUCAGUGGAACGGGCGAUAAGACCACCAGAGGCUAUGAGUACUUUCCCAGAGAAGUAAUGCAAAGCGGCGGACUACUACAUGGAACUGGACAAAAGCUCCUAGUAGAUAUACCGCCUCCGUCGACGGGACUUAGCAAUGAAUUGUUGCACAUACCAGAGUCUCCAUCUGCCAACAUACUUUUGCCGCCGCCACCAACAACAAAUAGCAGUGCUAUUGCUCCGACAAUAAUGACUUCAAAAACUCCACCACCCCCAGCCACGACUGCAACUAUUACUGAAGACAUCAGACCGAAUGAAUCUGUCCUCACAAACUAUUUCGAAGAGAAUUUCGAGUACAGCCCAACACCAUCCACAUCGCCGUCAAGUACAAAUCGAUAUAUGCUAUCCCGCAAGAAGCAAGCGUUGCAUCAGUUGAGGCGAAGCACGCAAAGAGAGAAACUAGAGAAGACUUUCAAAGAGCAGGGAUUUCUUAUACAAACACAACAGUUGGAAUCGGCUGAAGGAGCAACAUAUUGCAAGUUUCGUCAGUUGAAAAAAUUUACUCGAUAUUUAUUCAGGAAUUGGAAAGAUUACUUGCCCGACGAUGUACAGAGAAAUGGAAAUGAAGUAGUUAUGCUGUCGAGUACAGCAACAACGAUGGCUCCGCCGUCUGCAACUAAAGAUGAUGAAAAGGAUGCGUCACUUGUGACGAUGCCGCACCUGUCGAUUACUGGAGAUUUUUCGACAUUGGAGAGUGUUCUAGUCCACGAUAGAGCGGAAGAACAUGCAAUUGAAUGA